AUGCCAGCUCCAGAUUCGGCGGACCAGGGUCUUCGAGGAAAGUCGUACAAAUUGCUCGAAGCGGAAAAGUCCGUCAAGGAUAUCAUCUAUGGGUUCGUCGUCUUCUCCUAUCCGGACCUCGCCUUCCGCUUACCUCCAAGAACACACACGCGCUGCCAAUCUUGCCCAGGCAUUUGGGUCAUCGGGCCCACUGGUCCUAUCUCUCGCGCCCCAUUGAUCUGGCUUUGGCACUGGCCAGUCAUCAUGAUGCCAUCCCUGCAUUAUCAAGCCUUACUGGCUGGCGCGGCCAUAGCUACAGUCCUCUUGUUCCUGAUAGCUCAAUUCACACGUUCGCACGGUCAUGGUGGCAUGGCCAUGUUCCACGGUCAUCUACCACCAAUUCCAGAGUACGCAGUGAGCGACAAGCCCAAGCUGCAUGAAGCAGGCAGCGAACACCUUGAGCCUGAGUUUCGAGCAACGUCAGCAGCCAGUCAGACAAAGAGUGUGCCGUCAGCCAUGCCAUCGAAACAGUGGGAUGAUGCCUGGGACGAUAAGAACUUAUGGCCCGAAUGGUCGAGACCCUCUCCGACAGCUACAUCCAGAUCAUCAGGCUGA